AGUCACAGGUCGAUAAAAAUGUCGGAUAUAAAAGUGAAUUUCAGAAAUUCUGUUGCGGCAUUUGACUAUGCAGAACUGGAAAAUGGUCCAACAGUGUGUGCAGACUGGAGAAGGAAUAAAACAUUAGAGGAAAAGCACCUGUAUAUGUUUCACAAUCAAAUAUGUUGUGAUGUUUCCCUUAUAGUAGGAGAGAACACAAACAAGACCGAGAUAAUUAAUGCUCAUUCGUUUAUAUUAGCAUCUGGAAGUUCUGUUUUACAGAAAAUUUUAACAAAAGCUACGCAGCAGAAUACCACUAUCAACAUUCCUGAUAUCAAGCCAAAAAUUUUCAGAAUUAUUCUUGAGUAUUUGUAUUCAGAGAAAGCUGGAAUUGCACCAAGUACCAUAUCUGCUGUUCUGAAAACGGCAAAGAAGUUCAAGCUUUAUAAACUAAUUGAUGAAUGUUUUAGUUUCUUACAGGGCUACAUAAACGAUGAUUCCGUUUGUGUUGUGUUAGAACAAGCUGUUCUGUUUCAAAACGAAGGAUUGAUGGCGAAAUGUUUACGUUAUAUUGACAAAAAAACGGCUUCUGUUAUAAAAACAAAAAGUUUCAAGCAGGCAUCAUUAGAGAAUAUUCUGAAAAUAGUCUCACGGGACUCGCUUAUAAUCAGAGAAGAUGAUCUAUUUGAUGGAUUACUUGAAUGGGCAUAUGCAAAAUGUCAGAAGCUAUCUCAACCAAAAACACCGCAGAAUGCUAGGAAAAUGUUGGGAGAAGCGUUUUAUUACAUCAGGUUUCCAAUGAUGAAUCCACAAAACUUUACCAACAAGGUCGCAAAUAUUUCUAUGUUAACGGAUUCUGAAAAAAUCGAUUUAUUUAGAUAUUUUUAUGGAUCAGAGAAACCGAACCUACCAUUUCCAGAUCGACCUCGCCAAUGGAACAAGCGAGCUUCUGGAAUUUUGUUCAACAAACCUCACCCAGAUAUUUUCACCCAAGGAAAUUUUGGAAGUAACAUGUUUUAACACUUUUGUAAUGUUAAUAAUGUUGUAAUAAAGUUAUG